UGGAUGAAGAGAUUUUGCUGCAGAUUACGGGAUGUUGUCCUGACCUGCACAGAAAUACAUUUCCCCAGAAUCACCAAUGGCAGAUCAAUGGAAGGAGGCAUUUGACAGCGCUGUUGAAGUGGCACAUAAAGCUGGGGAGGAAAUACGAAAAGCUCUGGACGAUGAGAUAAAGGUCUGCACAAAGAGCUCCUCUGUGGACCUCAUCACUAAGACCGACCAACGUGUGGAGAAAAUCAUCAUCGAUUAUCUUAAAAACAAGUUCCCCACACACAGCUUCAUCGGGGAGGAGUCGGUGUCUGCAGGGCAAGCUUGCAAGUUCACUGAUAAUCCCACGUGGAUCAUAGACCCAGUGGAUGGCACCACAAACUUCGUACAUGGAUACCCGUUCGUGACCGUGUCUAUUGCAUUUGCUGUCAAUAAGGAGCUGGAAUUCGGAAUAGUGUACAGCUGCUUGGAGGACAAGAUGUACACAGGACGGAAAGGAAAGGGGGCUUUCUGCAAUGGACAAAGUCUUGAAGUGUCUGAUGUGACAGAUAUCAGAAAGUCCUUAGUCAUCUGUGAGCAUGGAACCGACAGGUCUCCAGAAGUAGUCUCCAAGAUCUUCUCCACCAUACAGAAAAUCCUCUGCAUCCCAGUGCAUGGGCUCCGCGGGACAGGAACUGCAGCCACCAACAUGUGCCUCGUGGCAUCAGGGGCCGUCGAAGCCUUUUAUGAGAUUGGGAUCCACUGCUGGGAUAUUGCUGCAGGAGCAGUUAUCAAGGAAGCUGGAGGAGUACUCUUGGAUGUUACUGGUGUGUAUCAUCAACUGUACGAAUAAUCAUUUAAGCCAUUU